AUGACCAAUAGUUAUCUCCAAUACACACAAAUAUGCGCCAGAGCCGUUCGGAAUGCUUUAAAAGAGGAGCAACGCGUGCUUGCGCAACGUCGUGACGAACAAGGACUAAAAUAUGCGAAAUGGGAAACGGGAAAACAAGGAGAAGUGAAAAACGUAGAAUUGCUAAGAUCCGAAUGA